AAAAUUCCCUUCCCCUUCCCCCUUCCCCCUUCUCCCUUCCCCUUCUCCCUUCCCCUUCUCCCCCAUCCCCCCAACACUUCCAUUAAUUUCUACAUAGAUGCUGGAAACCUCUUCUUCCUUAUCCCUUGACAUUGAUGUCUCCGGUUCUCAGUGAAAUCCUCCGUUCCGGUUUCAUCAUUACCUCUUCUCUCCUCCGCCGUACCCAUUUACUCCAAUCUUUCUCUGUCCUCUUCCUCCAUUGGUUUUACGUCUUCUCAUGAACUUCCAUUUUUUUCCCUUUCUACUAUACCUUCUUUAAUUUCUCCUUCCUCCUCUCUCUCUUUCUCUCUCUCUCUAUAUAAACUCAAAAUCCCCUCAAAUUUAGCUUCUGGGGUUUUCUCAUCAACUGUAAAUACAGAAAUCCCUUUCUUUAUAUAUUUAUAUAUUCAUAUAUAUAUAUAUAUCUAUAGUUUUUUUUUUUUUUUUUUGUGAUUAUGGAUUGCUCUAGUGGGAAUUCUUCAGGUUCAUUAUGUGAACAGAUUGUGGUUCAGAACCAAAGCUCUGGUUCUGAAGCAGAGUUGAAGCAAUUGAUGGAUCAAAGAAAAAGAAAACGAAUGCAAUCCAAUAGAGAAUCGGCGAGGAGAUCCAGGAUGCGAAAACAACAACACUUGGAUGGAUUAAUGGUACAAGUAAGUCAGCUGAGAGAUAACAAAAAUCAAAUGAUUUCAAGAAUUAAUCUCACUACUCAAUUGUUUCUCAACAUUGAAGCAGAGAACUCUGUUUUAAGAGCUCAGAUUCUGGAACUUACUCAUAGAUUAGAAUCAUUAAACCAGAUCUUAUCCCAUAUCAACAACAACAACAACAUCGACGAUGAUGAACAACAACAACAACAACAACAUAAUAAUAAUAAUUUUCUUCAAGAUUUUUGGGACAACUUUGAUGAUUUUGAUCUUAAUCCAUUGUUCAUCAACUCCUUGUUCUUCACUCCACAACAACAACAACCACCCAUUAUGGCAUCUGCUCAUCAUCACCUGCUUCACUACUGAUUCAUCUAAUCUCUUUUUAUGCUCUUGCGUUUCAUGAGAAUAUUAGAUUGUUUAAAUCCAUGAAAAAACUUCAAGUGUAAAAUAUUAGCUUUAAUUUUGUGGGAGAUGGGUAGGUAAAGGAAAUCAAUAUUAUUGAAGAUUAAUAUUUUCAAAGUUGGGAAAAAGCAACCUAAAAAGAAAAGAAAAAAAAAGUGUAAACUAGUUUCUUGGAUUUUAUUUUGAUUGGGGAGUGGGUCAUUUUCAUUAUGAUGUAAUGGGGCUUUUCAUGCGUUUUAGAGGGCCCCUACCUUGUUAUUAUUAUUAUUAUUAUAUAUUCAUAUAAUAUAAUUAAAGUAUUUUCUUUCUUUUUCUUA